GUUGAAUAACUGAACAUAAUCUCAGUUAUAUUACCCUCAUCACCUCUGAGAGGGGACCUCACCCCAUCAACUGACCAUCUGUCGCGCUUGCCUGUCUGUCCAGAGGGUGGCGCUGCUCGCCAUUCAGGUGGUUUUCCGGUUGUGGUCUGAAACUUUAACACAAACCUCCUUUAACCCUCCCGGUGUGAGGACUUAUUCAGCCUGUUCGCACGGGACACACACGCACACACACCUCGGUGAAGUCAAGCGUGUGUGUGUGUGUGUGUGUUUUCUUCACUUUAGUCCACAGAUCUCGCCGCACGACUCCUGCGAGCACAUCCGGGUGUUCGCGUACGCGCGCGUUGCAUUCUGGGAAAUGCCGUUCCACGUUCAUAUUCUUCAACACGCUUUGCGCACAAAGCGCGGCGCGCGGUUGCGCUCCCGCGCCGGUUUGCGCAGACAGCGGGCCGGUCUCCGGUGGUUCUUCCUGGAGCGUCGGAGGUAACAGCAGGCUACUCACGAGCUCAGCCAGUCCGCGCGGAGCAAACACUGCAAACUAAGUGUUUCCACAUCAGCACAGCAAGACCCGGCGGAGCGCGCGGCCAGCGCGAUGAGGACGCGUCUGAGCGCGCGCUUCUGGACAAGGUUUGGGAAUAAACUGCUGAUCCGGGAAGACGAGAGGAAAAGUUAACUAACCGGAGAGGAGACGCCGCGCGCUGCCGUCCCCCGGGUAAGGGCGUGAGGCUUAGAGGGAGAAUCGAAACUGACCUCGUGUGUGGAGACGGAGUACGUUAAAGCGAUCUGAGACGGAGCCUUGAUGCUCGCGACCCCGACGUUCCGGAUUGUCUGGGAUAACUACCCGACGACCAGGCCAGCUGGUCGUCCCGCAGUGUUGAUGGACUUCACCGGACGCCUCUCCGUUUUUCCACGCGGAGCUAGGACGGUACGGAGCACGGUCCGAGGUAGCGGUAGUUAACAAGCGAGCGAGCUGCGGUCACACCGGCACGGGACGACGGGGUUGUUGUAACAGCACGCGCAAAUUAGGUCUGUUCAGCGCCGCCGCUGUCCCGGGCAGAAGACGGACGGCUAUUUCUGUCUCUCUCGCUUUCUCUCACUCACACACACACACACACACACAGUGUUGAGUGAAACUGUAGGCUACACGGGCCGGUCGGAACGUGGUGUCGUUAAUCCUCGCGGCAGGUGCUCGCGUACCGUCAGAGAGCACGUUGGGAAGUAGACCGUUACUCUCGGUAGGACGCGGAUAAACCCGGACGGACGCGCGCGCACAGAGGGCACUCGGGACAGAGUGAGAGCGUGAGACCGGCAGUCUCCGCGCGGACACUGAGCGGAUUGUUUUCGGUGUUGGAGCCCGUGCGCGAGCCAUUCCCGGGUGAAGAGCCCUCUUAUCGGAGGCUGCCCAGGCGUGUGCCUGAUAGGGCACGAGGAGAGACGACAGGAGAAGACGCCAGCGAACAGGAUUCUGGGAAAUCUCCGCAGCAGCUGGGGGCGCCGUCCGGCCUCAGUCCUGCUGAAGACAUUUAAACCUCCCCUCUCUCCGGGUCAGUCCACAGAAGUCAUGCCAAGUCUGUCAGCUCUGUAGUGUGUGUGUGUGCGCGAGAGAGAGAUGGAGACGUCUAACCCUGAAGUGAUUUUGGAGAGACUGGACAACACUUGACCUGCUCUGAGAGGGGACACGGGACCUCUUGUGGGGCGGCACGUUUGUUGCCCCACUUUUGGAGGUUGUGGUUGCCGUGGCAAUGGGGAGUUCUGCGUCAUCGCUGACGGCGGAAACGGAUUCGGACCAUGGGUUUAGCAGUGCGCCCUACCCGCCGGCGCCCCCUGUGGGCUGGCUCCGGAACAGUCACAGCAGUCCAGUGUGGGGGACUACCUUCAUCACUCGGCAACAUCACCCCAUAGCACACAGAGAGAGAAGUCAUUCACACUCUCCGGGUUCGAUGGCUGAAGUGGUCCGGAGUGCAGAGUGGUCUUGUGGUCGCUGCACGUUCCUGAAUCCUGGGGGAUCUCCGCGCUGUUCCAUCUGUGAGGCUCCACGGCAGAAACCGGAUCUCAAUCGUAUCCUCCGGCUCAGCAGCGCGGGGGAAAUCCGCUGGACCUGCCCGCGCUGCACACUCACCAAUCACCACGCAGCGGAGGCGUGUUCUGUCUGCGGAGCCACGCCCACCACCCCCAAUGGGCCUGUCCCACCCGCACAGGCCCCUCCCACCACCUCGGAGCCCGCCUCCGAGGCGGAGCCCAGAAGCCAACAGGCCAGUGAGGAGCCUCUGCAGGCGGAGCCUAACGGGGAGUUGAGCGUGGGUGGGGCUGAGGUGUGUGGGUGGGCGUGUCCUCGCUGCACGCUGCUCAAUACGCCCGUGGCGACGUCCUGCUCGGCGUGCGGUGGCCCACGCAAACUCUCGCUGCCCAAGAUUCCGCCAGAGGCGCUCGUGGUUCCAGACGUGCGCACGCCGGUUUCGGGGUUUCCCGCGGCAACUGCAGGGGCGUCUGCACCAGUGCUCAUCGACCUCACUGAGGACUCUCCACCUCCAGGCCCGUCCGGCACGCCGUCGCCGCCCCCUAGCUCCGCCCCCUUCCUGCCACUGUCCUUCUCUUCCCUGCAGAACAAUCCCGUGCCUCGCAGCCGACGGGAAGUCCCGCCCACCGCCCGCCCGCCCAACCCGACCGCUCCGGCUACGUCUCCCUCAGCAGGCCCCUCCCCCAAACCCAAGCCCCUCCCUCCCGCGGAGCAAGCCUACCCGAUCAAACGCCUCGGUGUACUGGAGGAGGAGGAGCCUAACCAGCCAGCAGCACCUGUCACAUCCCCGCCCUCUUGGAAGUGUCCCGGAUGCUCCGCCCCCUCUGUGCCAUCCGUGUCCUCGGCAGGUCGCUGCGACGCCUGCCGGGGGUCACGGCCGGGGUCGGGCGGUGAUGUCAUCGACGUGCUCGGCGAAUCCGUGCGGUUCACGCCAGCCUCGCCCUCCAGCCCGGACUUCACCUCGUGGGCGUGUUCCAAGUGCACGCUGCGGAACCCCACGGGGGCGGGCCACUGCUCGGCCUGCGGCUCCUCCAAGCUGCACGGCUUCUCCGAGCCCAGCAGCUGCUCCGCCUGCUCCCGCCAGCAGGGGGCAGGGCCGGAGAAGGGGCCGCCUCAGUGGGCGUGUCCGGCGUGCACAUUGCUGAACGAGGGGCGUAAGAAGCACUGCGCGGCGUGUCACACGGCGCAGCAGUACGCGUCCAUACGCCGCGCUGGCCGCGGCCUCCGCCGCAGGGAGAGCGUGCACGUGGAACAGCGCAGGCGCACGGACGAGGGCGAGGCCAAGGAACUCUGGGAAAACAUCGUGAGCUUCUGCAGAGAGAACGCAGUGAACUUUGUGGAUGACAGCUUUCCUCCAGGUCCCAGAUCAGUAGGCUUCCCUGAGAGUGACAGCGUCCAACAGCGAAUCAAAAAGUGGCUCCGCCCACAUGAAAUUAACUGCAAUAACUUUAAGGACCGUGGGGUGAAGUGGUCAGUUUUCCGAACACCCCGCCCAUCUGAUAUACUGCAGGGGCUUCUGGGAAAUUGCUGGUUCCUGAGUGCAUUAGCGGUGCUGGCAGAGCGUCCUGAACUGGUGGAGCGGGUCAUGAUCACGAGGACCAUUUGUCCCGAGGGCGCGUACCAGGUGCGGCUGUGUAAGGAUGGGACGUGGACCACCGUGCUGGUGGACGACAUGCUGCCCUGUGACGAGUACGGAUACCUCCUCUUCUCACAGGCCCAGAGGAGGCAGCUGUGGGUGGCCCUGAUAGAGAAGGCCCUGGCUAAGCUCCACGGCUCAUACUUCGCAUUGCAGGCGGGCAGAGCCAUCGAGGGUCUGGCCACGCUGACUGGGGCGCCGUGUGAGAGUGUGAUGUUACAGGUGAGCUCCACCAACCCCCGUGAGGAGGCCAUCGACACAGACCUCAUCUGGGCCAAGAUGCUGAGCUCCAAAGAGGCAGGUUUCCUGAUGGGGGCGUCAUGUGGGGGUGGGAAUAUGAAAGUGGACGAUGCUAUUUAUGAGUCUCUGGGGCUCCGUCCCCGACACGCCUACUCCAUACUGGAUGUCCGAGACGUACAAGGCUACAGGCUGCUACGUCUGCGGAACCCGUGGGGCAGGUUCUCAUGGAAUGGCUGCUGGUCAGACGAGUGGCCUGACUGGCCUCAGCACCUGCGCCGUGAUCUCAUGGCUCAUGGCAGUAGCGAGGGGGUCUUCUGGAUGGAGUAUGGAGACUUCAUCAAGUAUUUUGACUCGGUGGACAUCUGUAAGAUCCACUCUGAUUGGCAGGAGGUGCGUGUACAGGGCUGCUUCCCCAGCAGAGCAGGGGCACCUCUCACCGUCACUGCGCUGACUGUGCUAGAGAGAACCGCACUGGAGUUUGCCCUGUUCCAGGAGGGCAGCAGGCGCUCUGACACAGCCGACAGCCACCUUCUGGAUCUGUGUAUCAUGGUGUUCCGCGCCUCAUUCGCCAGCGGGGGCAGACUGAGCCUCGGACGCUUGCUGGCGCACAGCAAGAGGGCCGUGAAAAAGUUUGUGGGCUGUGACAUCAUGCUGGAGCCUGGAGAGUAUGCAGUAGUGUGUUGUGCCUUUAACCACUGGCAGAUGAACGUGACAGGAACCACCACUCCAGUAUCCAGCCCCACCAGUGGGAGGGCUGUGAGUCAGGAUUUCCCCGGCUACAUCUUGGCCGUCUACAGCUCCAGACAGGUGAUGGUGGAGCAGGUGGAGGCAACGGCCCCCACCCUCGCUGAUGCAAUCAUACUACUGACAGAGAACAAGGGGGAGAGACACGAGGGUCGUGAGGGAAUGACAUGUUACUACCUGACACAUGGGUGGGCGGGGCUAAUUGUCGUCGUGGAGAACCGUCACCCAAAGUACUACCUCCACGUAUCAUGUGACUGCACAGACAGCUUCAACGUUGUGUCCACCCGCGGAAGCCUGAAAACCAUCGACAGUGUCCCGCCUUUACACCGGCAGGUACUGGUGGUACUCUCUCAGCUGGAAGGCAAUGCUGGUUUCUCCAUCACACAUCGUUUGGCCCAUCGCAAAGCAGCCCAGGCCAAUCUCGGGGACUGGACCCCGACCAAAGCCGCACACUCGCCCCAACUCACCCCAGACACAGAGGGCCUCCACAAACCCCGGCCACUCUGACACACACACACACACACACACACGGAAAGUCAGGGUGAGCAUGCCGGAACUACUGAGCCAAUCAGAUGUCUGCUCCUUGAGCCAAGACCCUCCCGCUGCAAACACACACACACACACACUCAGUACAGCAAGAGAUGCAUCCGCAUGCAAACUUCCAUACUUAUGUUCAGUUAAAUGAACUACACGCACACACACACACACACACACACGCACUGUGCUGUAGUUCAGGGUGUGUUUGUUCAGUUAAAUGAGCCACACACACACGCACACUGCUGUAGUUCAGGGUGUGUUUGUUGUUCAGUUAAAGGAACCAUACACACACGCACACUGCUGUAGUUCAGGGUGUGUUUGUUCAGUUAAAUGAACCACACAUGCACUGUGCUGUAGUUCCUGGAAGGUCUGGAUCAUCUCGUCUGUGAUUAUUUUGUUCAUGUUUCUUUUUUUCUGUCUGUCCGGGUGAGAACGAGGGUGAGAGAAGAAUCUCACUCUGUCUUAUCAUGUCUGACGUGGAGAGAGGCUUUGCUCCCAGAAACCAACAACAAAACUUGAACUGUUCUUGGGCAAAAUGUUUAAAUUUUGGGGAUUGUGUGUAAUGUUAUAUCAUCCUUUUUUCCUGUGUUCACAGAGAUUUAGAAACUUUGUGCAUGUGUGUGUGAGUGACUGCGAGUGUGUGUGUGAGAUGUGGUUCAUCUUCUAUAAACAGCAUCAUUUAGUUAAUUUAUUUGAGGUUGUAAUAAAGGUGUUUAAAGGUCUGAGGUGAUGGAAGUGUCGAUCACUGAUCACUGAUCAGAUUUGUCUCUUUUAGACGAGAUCGUAGUUCUAGUCGUAGCUAGUGUAAAGGUGGUGUAGGGAUGCAUCUGUCCAUAUCCGGUACGUUUGGGUGGGUGUGAGACCUGUGUUGUCUCUUUACUGGUUUUGAUUGUACACUGGUUUUAAAUGCCACACUGACCUGCACCACUGCGUCCUGUGGACUGGUAUGACUGGUUUUUUGCCUGAUUGGUUGUUUUUCUGUGCUUUGCCCUGCAGCUGGUUGUGUGCAGGCCAGUAGCGCCCUCUGCUGUCUGUAGUUGGAGGUACAGCCUCACCUCUCUAUGACCCAUACGUGUAUCCACAUCCUUCUUCCACACAAAUACACUCCUCUACCUACACAUACUUCACUCUCUUUACACUAGUACAUACACACUUCCCCAUUUAACACACACACACCCUCCUCUCUUCUGUGUGUGUUGUACAGCCUGGUUUGUAUAGACCCACAGCAGUGUUGGCUAAGAGAACACUGAAGUGGAACAUAUUGAAUAUUGAGUAUUUUAUUGAUUUUGAAAAAGAAAACUCUAUAAGAAUAACCUCUGUAUGGUUCAUUUGCAAACUCAGGUUCCAUUGGACCAAAUAAAGUUUUUUAAUCAA